AUGGAUCCAGAGAAAGUCCAGGCCAUGGAGCCGGCUGCUCCAGCGCCGUUACAGCCUCAACCGCCACUUCUUCACACCAGGGACGAGGAUCAACCACCAACACGUGAAGAAAAGGUGGACGAGAGUACAGGAACGCCAAAAGCGCAACAACAAAGCAAGGCCCGCCCAGAGAGACAAGCCAGUUUCAAGGAUUAUAUCCGGAUAUUUACGUAUGCGAGAAAAUGGGACUUCUUGUUGAUGGCCAUUGCAAUUGUAUCAGCCAUUGGCGCUGGCAUUACACUACCCUUGAUGAACGUCGUCUUUGGACAACUUGUCGGCAACUUCGCCGACUUUGACCCGAGCAAAGCAGGUCCUGGUGCGGCGGCCAUGAUCCGCGAUUUCGAGAAAAGUCUUGACAAACUUUCCCUCUACAUCUUCGCCCUCUUCAUCGGUCGCUUCUUCCUCGGUUACUUCAACAAGUUCUGCUUCCGCAUGAUCAGUAUACGCAUGUCUGCUGCCAUUCGGGCACACUACUUGCAAUGCCUGUUCAGUCAAACAGUCCAUGUGCUGGACUCCAUGCCAUCUGGAGCGGCCGCGGGAACCAUCACGACAACGGCCAACACUUUGCAGAGCGGCAUUGGCGAGAAGCUGGGGACCUACUUCGAAUUCAAUGCCACCAUCAUCUCGGCCCUCAUCAUCGCCUUUACCCGGAACUGGCGACUGACACUCGUUACCUCAACCAUGAUUAUAUUCAUCUUGAUAGUCAUCAGUAUCCUGCUCCCCUUUAUCAUCAAACUCCAGGGGCUGCUUACCAAGGCCGAGACCAAGGCAGGCUCGGUGGCUAAUGAAGCAUUCAGCAGUAUAAAAAUGAUCGCAGCUUGCGGUGCCGAGUCCAGAAUGGCGAAACGUUACGCGGAAUGGGUACGAAAGGCCCAAAAGCAUGGACAGACGAUGGCUCCGUUUAUGGCGGUCCAGUUUGGUCUGGUCUUCUUUGGGAUGUACGCCGCCUUCGCCCUGGCAUUCUGGUACGGCACCAAACUCUUCGUGGAGGGCUAUCUCGACAACGUGGGCGAAAUUGUGAUUGUCCUCAUGUCGGUCAUGCUCAUGGUCAUUUCCCUCGAGCGGGUAUCGAGCCCGCUGAUCCAGGCCUCCAAGGCGAUGGUCGCUGCUGCGGAGUUCUUCGCCAUCAUCGACGCUCCUCCUCCGAGCCCUGGCACUCUCCAAGAACCCGACGUUUCCGCUACAGACGACAUCGUCUUUUCCGAUGUGGACUUUGCCUAUCCUAGCCGCCCGCACGUCAAGGUCCUGGACGGUCUAGACAUACACAUCGAGGCGGGCAAAGUCACAGCGAUUGUGGGACCUUCCGGCUCCGGCAAAAGCACCAUAGUCGGCCUGAUUGAGAGAUGGUACUCACUCAAGAAUGGCCAAUAUGUCAUUGCCAAGACAGUGGAGAAGGACAAAGAGAAGGAGGCAGAAGAGAAGAAAAGGAAGAAGGAGGAGAAGAAGAAGAAGAAAGGAAAGAAGAAUAGCAAGGGCCAGGACAGUUCCGAGACCAAGUCUGAGGAAACCGUCAAUCCAGCUGGACCACUGAUCGUGGAAGAUGAAGAGACCCCCGUCGAGCUCAAGGGUAGCAUCACCUUGUCUGGGCACUCGAUCGAUGAGGUAGACAUCAGGUGGUGGAGGUCACAGAUCGGUCUGGUACAGCAGGAGCCCUUCCUCUUCAACGAUACGAUUUUCAACAACGUCGCGUACGGACUAGUUGGCUCCGAGAACGAGAAUGCGAGCGACGAGCGCAAGAAGGAGCUGGUCGAAGAAGCUUGUAAAGAGGCGUUUGCCGACGAGUUCAUCGACCGUCUUCCCGAUGGGUACCAGACAAUGGUCGGCGAAUCCGGCACAAAGCUUUCCGGCGGCCAGCGCCAACGCAUCGCCAUUGCGCGCAGUAUCGCGAAGCAACCAAAGAUACUCAUUCUCGAUGAAGCCACAUCCGCUAUUGACGUGCGUGGCGAGCGCAUCGUGCAAGCCGCCCUCGAAAGAGUUUCCAGGAACCGGACUACCAUCACCAUCGCGCAUCGUCUAUCGACUAUCAAAUCCGCCGACAAGAUCAUAGUCAUGCAGAAAGGUCGCUGCGUCGAAUCUGGCACCCACGAAGGGCUUCUGAAGAAUGAAGCUGGUGUGUACUAUGGCCUCGUCCAUGCGCAGCAGCUGUCUCUGGGUGACGAUUCGAGCGAUGACGAACUCCAGGAGGAGAAUAUUGGCGACAUACUUGCCCGGGAGAAGAGCGCAGCCGUGUCCGAGCGCGAAAACCAGGCCAUAAUCGAGGGGUGGACAAACAAAGGCCUCUUUGGCAGCUUCGGCAAGCUCCUUCUCGAGCAGAAGACCAAGAUCCCCAGCUACCUGAUCGCCGUCGUUGGCGCCAUGGGUGCCGCCACUGCGUCACCCAUCCAGGCUUACUUGUUUGCCAGGCUCAUCAAAGUCUUCACACUCAGGGGCGAGGAGCUCAUGCAUGAAAGCCGUUUCUGGGCGCUGAUGUGGGUAGUGUUGGCUGCUGGCGUCGGAUUCUCGUACUUCGUCAUGGGUCUCGUGGCCAACUACCUCCAGCACUUUAUCUGCGCCACCUAUCGCCAGCAAUACUUCGUCUCCAUCCUGAAUCAGAGGACUUUGUUCUUUGAUCAGGAAGACCAUUCAGCCGGAACCCUCACGUCGCGUGUCGGUGGUGAUCCUAAGCAACUCGAAGAAUUGUUAGGUAUCAACAUGACCAUGGUGCUGACCGCCAUCUUCCAGAUCAUCGGGUCGUUGAUCAUCUCCUUUAUCUAUGGCUGGAAGCUUGCCCUCGUUGCGCUCUGCGUGACUGUGCCCAUGGGCCUCGGCUCGGGCUACUGGCGUGUCAAGUACGAACUCGAGUUCGACCAGAUGAACGCCGCUGUCUUCGCCGAGAGUUCAAAGUGGGCAGCCGAGAGCAUCGGUGCCUUCCGGACUGUGACUGCAUUGACGCUCGAGGACUUCAUCAGCACCCGCUACAAUGUCCUCCUCGCCGGCCACCUGUCGACAGCGCUGCGCAGUGCCCGAUUCAAGACUUUGGUCUUCGCUCUCGCGGACUCCAUCAGUCUGGCCUGCCAGGCCCUCAUCUUCUGGUACGGCGGCCAUCUUGUGGCGAAGGGCGAGUACGACAUCUUCAACUUUUUUGUGUGCUACAUGGCCGUCAUCCAAGGCGCUGAGGCCGCCGGCCAGGGCCUUUCCUUUGGGCCCAAUGCCGCCCAGGCGACCGGCGCUGCCAACCGGAUCCUUAGCAUCCGCGAGUCGGGCGAGAAGGAGGUCCUGUCGGGCGAGACGAUCAGGGAGACCGAAGGCGGCAUCCGGAUCGAUCUCGAGGACGUGCACUUCAAGUACCCCACGCGCAACGUCUCCAUCUUCAAGGGCCUCAACAUCACCAUCGAGAAGGGCCAGUACGCGGCCCUGGUCGGGGCCUCGGGCUCGGGCAAGACGUCGAUCGUCUCCCUGCUGGAGCGCUUCUACGAGCCCCGGCGCGGCCGCAUCCUCUUCAACGGCACCGACGUGGCGGGCAUCGACCUGCACGAGUACCGCCGCCUCAUCUCGCUCGUCGCGCAGGAGGCGACGCUCUUCCAGGGCUCGAUCCGCGACAACGUGCUGCUGGGCGUCGAGGAGGGCAGCGUGACGGAGGCGCGGCUGCACCAGGCGUGCCGCGACGCGUCGAUCCACGACUUUGUCGUCUCGCUGCCCGAGGGCUACGACACGGACAUCGGCAGCAAGGGCGUGUCGCUGUCGGGCGGGCAGAAGCAGCGCAUCGCCAUCGCGCGCGCCCUCGUGCGCGACCCGCGCGUCCUGCUGCUCGACGAGGCGACGUCGAGCCUCGACUCGGACACGGAGAAGCUGAUCCAGGCGACGUUCGAGCGCGUGGCCAAGGGCCGCACGACGGUCGCCGUCGCGCACCGGCUCAGCACGAUCCAGCGGGCCGACGUCAUCUACGUGCUGGGCGAGGGCAGGGUGCUGGAGAAGGGCAGCCACGCCGAGCUGCUGCGGCAGAGGGGGGUGUACUGGAACAUGUGCCAGAGCCAAGCCCUCGACAGGUAG